CUUCAAAACUGAAACAUUGAAUGAAUAUUACACUUCAAAUGCAAUUUCGCUCACUUUUACAUAGAUCUAACUGUAAUAAUAUUGCUAAUUAUUUUAACACAUCGUUGUUUUCCCACAACAAAACACUUAAUUUAUAUAUUUAUAUAAUUAGUGUCUGAAAUGUCACAAUCAAUACAAAUGUCGCAACCAAUACAUAAUCAGCCGCAAAGCUACGGCCAGCCUCCGGGUGCCUACGGACAGCCAGUGCCUGUUCAAAGCGAAUGGAUUGCGGCGCCAAUGGCUCCGCCACUCAACUGUCCGCCCGGUUUAGAGUACUUAACAACAGUCGACCAGUUAUUAGUCCACCAAAAGGUAGAGCUAUGGGAAGCGUUCACCGGAUUUGAGACAAACAACAAGUAUGCCAUCAAAAACAGUUUGGGACAGAAAGUGUAUUACGCUAUCGAGGACACGGACUGUUGCACACGCUAUUGUUGCGGAGCUCUGCGCCCGUUUGACAUACAGAUACUGGACAACAGUCAACGGGAAGUCAUACACCUGUACCGACCCCUCAAGUGUGCCAAUUGUUGCUGCUUUUGUUGCCUUCAGCGUCUGGAAGUGGCGGCACCGCCGGGCAAUGUGUUGGGCCAUAUCGUCCAGGAGUGGAGUCUAUGGGUACCUAAGUUUCGGGUCGAAGACGCGUCCGGCGAGACUGUCCUCCGUAUUGAGGGCCCGUGUUGUACAGUGAGCUGUUGCGCGGACGUCGAGUUCCGGGUGCUGUCGCCCGAUGGCGGCCAACCCGUGGGCACUAUAACCAAACAGUGGACGGGUUUGGCCCGAGAGAUGUUCACCGACGCCGACCACUUCGGCAUCACUUUCCCCCUCGACUUAGACGUCAACGUAAAGGCACUCCUAUUGGGCGCCUGUUUUCCCAUUGACUUUAUGUAUUUCGAGAAAACCGAUAACUAAAUCCCUUAGUUAAUCUACAAUUUUUUUUAUAAUGUUUAAUAUUACGUCUAUAAUAACGUGUUAAUUAUGUUUUCAAUUAUAAUUAUUUAUAUAAAUAGCGAAACCAAUGAAUGUUUUUCACAAAAUGUAUCAAAAACAUUUUCUUUCAAGC